AGAGCCUAACAGAACCAUGAGCAGUCCUACGCCUGACCCUCGAAGCUGGACGCCAUCACCGGAGAGGACCACAUCGCCUUCGACAGAUAACCGGCCGACCAAGACCCACAUCAACCCUUUCGUGUGCCUUAUCAUCAUUGUGGUCUUGGUCGUUGUCAGCGCUGGCUUUGCACUUGUCACCAUGCGAAAGGCAGAGUACGCCGCAAAAUUGGCCCAGGACCCCGUUUGCCGAAGCCGCGACUGCCUGGAGCACGCUUCCCACCUUAAGGUCUCCAUCAACAGCAACGUCAAUCCCUGCAAGAACCUCUACAACUACGUCUGCGCUUUCUGGUACAGAGACUACAGCUACAAGGACCCCAAAGACAUUGAGGCCAUGCUCUCCGACAACAUCCUCCACACCCUUACCUCUGGGAAAUUGGACUUGCAGAGCAAAGCUGUAGCCAGGGCCUUCACAGUGUUCCAAUCGUGCAUUCACAGGAAGGACGACCUGGACGCUUUCAAGCGAUUCACCACAGACAUGAGAAUCCCAUGGCCCGAAGAACCAUUUCGUGAAGCCAAUGCUCUGGACGUCCAUUUGCAGCUUCUCAUCCGCUGGAGGAUCUCUUUCCUGUUUAGUAUCAAAGUGAUUCCAUCAACAAAUAACAAAGAGCCCGUUCUAGUCAUAUGGAGAGCCAUGGAGGUGCAAUCAUGGAAGCAACUCCGUAAUGGUGAGGCCGGCACGGUAUCGCAGUUCGCUGCAAGGGUGCGGCAGUUCGCCCAUGCCUUAGGACACAGCGAGAACUUCAGUGACAGCUACGUCCAUCAGCUGCAAAAGGAUGAACUGAACGUCAUGGGGCUUGUGGAAAGCGGAAGGAAGUCACCGUUUUCAGAGCAUUUCUUCGGUCUUCGGCUCCUCCAGAAUUACACAAGAGGCAUCACUACCGAGGAAUGGGUCACUUUCAUCAACAGGAACUUGCCACCUGAAUUACAUCUUACCACCGACGGUGUUAGUCCACAGCCUUCCAGUGCUACACAUGCUCGGCAGAAUACUUGA